CCACUCAACCUGUUUGGCUGCAAAAGGCAAGCUGGUUUCUUAACAUUUCUUCGGAUUAUCAAUGGAAGUCUGUUGUGAUCUUGAGGUCGACGUUAAUGGCGAAGAGACUUUCAUGGUGGACAAGAGAAUUCUUGCAUCUUUCUCAGGGAGAUUCGGCAAAUUGUUCAGUAAAUUGAACAGAAAUACAAGGAAACUGAAAGUGAUAUUCAAUGACUUUCCAGGAGGCGCAGAGGGUUUUGAACUCAUUACAAGGUUUUGCUACAACAGUGGCAAAACAAAGAUAACUUCCAGGAACAUAUUCCUUCUAAGUUCGGCUGCCAUUUUCAUGGAGAUGGGUUGCGAUGAUGGCUCUAGAAAACCCAAUUUGAUUGACCAAAUUGAAAUACCUCUAGAGGAAAUUAAUUACUGGACUUGGCCAGGGCUCCUGGAAGCUUUAAAGCAGUGCCAAGGUUUACAUUCCACAGCAGAUUCCUCUUCGUUUAUACUUGACAAAGUCUUACAUUGUCUAAUAGAAAGGCUCGGUUUGCCUAGUGUUUCAAGCCCAUGUGCAUCUUUCUCGGACAAUUCUACUCUUCAGUUUUCACGUGAUUUCAGGAAUAGCGUUAGCACUAACUACAAACACUCUCAAAAAACUUGGUGGUUUGAAGAUCUUUUGUUUCUGAAUGUGGAUUUAUUAGACAAGGUUAUUAAGAUGAUGAUUUCCCAGAAUUUCGACCACGGUUUAAUUUCUAAGUUCCUCUUCUAUUAUCAGAGAUCAAGAUUUCUUGGUGCCUCGCCAGCUGAGAAGCGCCAUAUUACAGCGGUUGUGAUUAGUCUACUAUCUCUACUUGAUAAGAGAUCUCAUUCUUUCAAGGGCUUGUUUGAAAUUUUUCGAGGGGCUUCAAGCUUGAGCAUAAGCAAAAACUACAAAAGCAAGUUAGAGAAUCUAAUAGGUUCACAGCUAGAUCAAGCAACACUUGAUCAUCUGAUAAUUCGAUCGCCGCGUGGGAAGGAUUAUGCUUAUGAUGUAAAUUUAGUUUUGAGGCUUGUUAAAGCUUUUCUCUCUGAAAAUGACAACUGGUUAUCCAUUAGUCGAUUGAACAAAGUUGCCAGCUUAAUAGACUCAUACCUUGCAGAAGUAUCUCCAGAUUCCUGUUUAAAGCCUUCCAAAUUUGCAGCAUUACUGAGAGUGCUGCCUGAUUCCACAAGACAAUCUCAUGAUGGACUCUACUGCGCCAUGGACAUGUAUCUUCAGGUUCAUUCUGGAUUAUGUAAAGAAGAAAAGUUGAGAGUCUGCAGCACAUUGAACUAUGAGAAGCUUUCAACGGAUGCUUUGAAACACAUAGCUCUAAACUCAAGGUUUCCAUCAGAAAUAGCAGUCAAGUCUUUCAUUAAUCAGCACUACAAACUCAGAACUUUAGUUCCCAAAACAAAAAGUGUUCUCACUAUUAAUCAUCUGGACGUGAAGGAAUAUAUGGGUGAGAAAGCUGAUGCCCGGCAUAUUUUUAUAUGCUCAAAACAGCAUAAUCUUUCAACAGAAACUGAGAAGUUUGAAGCACAGUUUCAAGGAAUGAACUGGAAGAUGAAGGAAUUGGAGAAGGUAUGCAGGAUAAUGCAGACGGAACUGGGAAAUAUAACAAGAACAAGAUUGUCUACUUCAAAGAACGCUAGAUAUUUACCAAAACUUUGUUCUUGACCCAAAAUUCUAUGGUUCUUUCUCUGCAUUGUAUCUAAAAGUGAGUUGUGUAUAAUAUGUAAAGUGAAUU